CUUCCCCGCCCCUCGCCCGGCACCGCUGACAGGAGAGAUUUACAGAUAGCGUUCGAGCGUCAUGGAGCCUCUAGGUUCUACUUUGACGGCGACUUAUGCCCACCCCAGGCCAACACCAGCCAGCUUUCUCCCAGCCGUCAGCACCAGGGCAUCGAGCUACAGGGACCGCUUCCCCCACUCCAAUCUGACCCACAGCCCGAGCCUUCCUUGGAGGCCGAGCACGUACUACAGAGCAGCCGCCAACUCGCCGGCCUUGGAGCCGUACUGCGCCAGGUCCCAGAGGGCAUCCCAGAGCGCCAUGCUUCCGUUUGUCUCCAGCAGAACCACUCUGCUCACCAGGUACACGCCCGAUGACUGGUACAGGUCCAACGUAACCAACUGCCUGGAGUCCAGCACUUCCCGCCACAAUUCAGAGAGGCUGCGGGUGGACACGUCUCGCCUGAUUCAAGACAAGUAUCAACAGACAAGAAAGACCCAGGCUGACUCCACCCAGAAUCUGGGCGAACGAGUCAACGACAUAGGGUUUUGGAAAUCUGAAAUCACUCAUGAGCUGGAUGCAAUGAUUGGAGAGACAAAUGAACUAACAGAUGUUAAGAAAAAACUGGAGAGGGCUCUGAUGGAGACAGAAGCCCCUCUUCAGGUAGCCCGGGAAUGUCUGUUUCACCGAGAGAAGAGAAUGGGAAUCGAUCUAGUGCAUGAUGAGGUGGAAACCGAGCUGCUGACGGAAGUUGAUAUUAUUCUGUGUUGUCAAGAAAGAAUGAAGAUGCACUUGGACAAAGCCGUUGCCCAGCUGGCAGCCAACAGAGCUUCCCAGCACGAGCUGGAGAAGGACCUGAGUGACAAACAGGCGGCUUACCGCAUCGACGACAAGUGCCACCACCUGCGCAACACGUCGGACGGCGUCAGCUUCUUCCGCGGAGUGGAGCGCGUGGACGCGACGGUCUCAGUGCCCGAGUCCUGGGCCAAAUUUACCGACGACAACAUUCUUCGCUCCCAGAGCGAGCGAGCUGCCUCGGCCAAACUACGGGACGACAUCCAGAACCUCCUGGUGGUGACGGCCAACGAGAUGUGGAAUCAGUUCAACAAAGUGAACUUGGCCUUCACCAGCCGCAUCGCUGAGACUGCAGACGCUAAAAAUAAGACCCAGAUCCAUCUGGCGAAGACCCUGCAGGAGAUUUUCCAGACUGAAAUGACCAUCGAGUCCGUCAGGAAGGCCAUCAGGGACAAGUCUGCCUUCCUGAAGGUGGCUCAGACCAGACUGGAUGAGCGAACCAGGAGACCCAACAUAGAGCUGUGCAGGGACAUGGCGCAGCUGCGCCUGGUCAGCGAGGUGCACGAGGUGGACGGCACCAUCCAGACCCUGCAGCAGCGCCUGAGGGACGCGGAGGACACUCUGCAGUCACUGGUCCACACCAAGGCCACCCUGGAGCACGACCUGGCGGUCAAAGCCAACACCCUGUACAUCGACCAGGAGAAGUGCAUGAGCAUGCGCAAGAGCUUCCCCAGCACCCUGCGGCUGGUGGGCUUCUGCUAGGACCCCCACCCCCACCCCCCGCCAACCGGCUCCCCGCGGGAGCAGGAAAGGCGGAAACGGGGCGCGUGCGCGCACGGCAUGAGCCCUGAUGCACCCACUUUAUUAAAGGAUCGUAUUGAUAGA